UCAACCUGCUUCGACAUCUGACACGUCAGUAUUUUUGAAUAUAUAUUAAUAAAGAAGUUUAGUACUUGAAUCAGCUUGAAUCCUCAAAAUGCAGGCUAUGCUUCAAAGGCAUUGUGCAAGAUACAUCUACGUGAUUCCGGAAGGACUUAAAGAAUUGAUGUCUGAUAUUUCCAGAGAAGUUUUAAGAAGUCAACCUGAAAAUAUUUACAUGUUUAUAGCCGAUUAUUUGGAUGCUUUAAUGAUUACAAGAGAAAAUGCAAGAGUUGCUGCGAGACUAGUGGAAAGCUUGACAGAAAUGGCUACGACUACAGCCACAUUUUUGGAAGAAACUGGAAUGUCCAGAGAAGACGUUGAUAAUAUUGUUCUUUCCAUUCACAGAACUUUCAAAGAAUUCAUUGACCACGAUUACCCUAGACGCAGAUCCACUGGGUCUAGUGAAGUUGAAGAGGCUAAUAUAGUUCAUGAAGUACUGUACAAAGCAAACAUAGAUCCAGAACAGGCAGAAAUGGCCGCUAGAAUAAUUCAGCAAGCUUAUAGACGUUUCAAAGAGCGCGAGGAACACGAAAAGAAACUCUUAGCUGGCUUGAUCGAUUGGAGAAUAGCUGCCAGGAGCGCCAUACGACUGUACAGGCACACCGGUGUCACUAAUGAGGAGGCAAACAGGGCUGCAACUUUGAUUAAGGCUGCAUACAGAGGAUAUUAUACAAGGCGUAUGAUGAAAGCGCUGGCCACCAUGGAUUACGAAAACCUCUUCCCCAUGCAUCUCGAAGUGGACGAUUUUGAUUACGCGAUUGAAGAUGGCGAUGAAGAAUAUGACCAAUAUCGUGAUUAUCAAAGGGGACUUAUGGAAGACGAUGAAGAUGAUGGUAUAGAAAGACCGAAAUCCGUCACCAUUAACUACAACACUGUCAUUCCCCAUGUCGAUUUUGACACAGAUCUGGGAGAUCAAACUAAAGCAUCAAUGAAGGUCUCUACCACCAGCAGUAUAGUUAAACAUUCGAUGGGAUACAUUAUCAGUGCCGCCAUCGCCAAAGUUACUGAAGAUGUCCUACCCGAACAAACAGAUGAAAUUGACGAGACUGGAGAUGAUGUCCUUCAAACUGAGGUUGAGAUAAAAUCUGAAGUAGAAUUUGAAGAACAACUUGACGGACCAUUUGAAGAAAAAGUUAAAAAAGAUAUUGAAGGAGAAGCUGGAGUAGAACCUGAAGAGCAACCUGAAGAACAAGUUAAGAAACAAUUUGAAGAUCAAGCUGGAGGACAACUUAAAGAACAGCCUGAAGAACAAGCUGAAAGUCAGCCUGAAAUAUGAACAACCAGAAAAUAUGUAGAAUAAUAAAUAUAUGAAAAUAUGUUAACUAAAAACUAAAAUUUCCACUUUUUUUACUUUCAAUGUCAAAAUUCAUAAUCGUUAACAAGAAAUUGAAUAAAAAUAAAAAGA